AUUUUCGAAAACUAAUUGAUUAAUGAGACAUUCUGGAUUCAUCUAAAUAUCACCAGCUCCAUUAGUACCAUUGUAAUAUAAAGCUAAUUAUUAGGAAUUAUUCAAUUUAAUCCAUACCACUUGUAGCAACAACACCUCCUGCUAUGUAUUAAUCAUUAAUCUAAGUUUAAUAACCAUAACCAUAAAUUGUUAGAGUAUAUAUUUUAAAUUUAUUGUUUCAAUAGUAAAGACCAAUUCAUGUUGUAGAUUUAGAAUAAUAUGAUGACAUUUGGAGAAAAAAAGUAGAAGACCUUGAAAAAUAAUUAAGAGAACUUUAAAAGUAAAAGCCCUAACCAAUUGUUUAAGCUCCAGGUUAUAUUAGUUUUCUUAUUUAAGAACCUGUCAUUGAAUUAAGAGCUGGAGCAGAUACUGAAGAUUUGGAAAAAUAGAUUCAAUAGCUACAAUUAGAAUUGUAUAAAACAAAAGAAGAUUAUGAAGAUUUGUUAUAAAAGUACAAUGAUAAUCUUAAAGAGUUAGAAUUAUUGAAAUGUAAAUUAUAAAAUUAAUUUUAUUUUAGAGUAAAUGAAAAAUCAUAUAUGUACUGAUAAUACUGCUGAAUUAAAAAAAAAAAUUGAAGAAUAAGAUAAAGAAAUAGAAAGAUUGAAAGCUUUAUUGGCUUCUCAAGUUCCAGUUGGUAAAUACUAAUUUUUAUAGUUAUAGUUAACGAUGAUUCUGAAUAAUUAAAAUUGUAUCAAAAAAGAAUCUCAGAAUUGGAAAGCCAAUUAUAAGAAUCAAUUUUAUAAGUUGAAAGAUAUAGAUAAGAAAAUUCAUAAUUAUUAUCAUAAUUAAACUUUUUUAAAGAUUAAGUUAAUGAAAAGGAUGAAAAAAUAAAAGAAUUAGAAAAAUAAAUUGAAGAUCUCAAUAAUGAAUUAGAUGGAAUGUAGGAUGAACAAGAAGAAAUUAUUGAACAAAGAGUUGAAACAAUUAGAAAAGAACUCAAAAGUUGGAAAGAUAAAUUUUUGGCAUUGAAUGCUCAAUUUCAUGAUUAACAGGAAAAAUUAAUGUUAACAGAAGCUGAAUUAGAUCAUAUUAAAAAAUAAGGAGGUGCUGGAACUAAAGUAAUUUUUAUUUAUAACUUUAAUAUUAGGGUAGCUAAGUAAUCACUACAACAACUACAACAAAAUCAUCCAAAUGAGAAAAUAG